AUGCAAAUAUUCAUUGAGAAUAUCGUCAAUUUACCCAUUAAACAUCAUAUCAGUGUCAAUCCAAAUGUAAAACCUACAAUUCAUCCUCCUCGACGCGUUCCAGUAGCUAUGGGAACGAAAAUUAAAGAAGAGUUUGAACGAAUGCAACAUAUGGGUGUCAUCGAUCCUGUAGAAAAACCAACGGAAUGGGUUUCGUCAAUGGUAACAGUGGAAAAACCAAACAAGUUACGAAUAUUUAUUGAUUCUAGACAUCUUAAUGAAGCCAUUCAGCGAGAACAUUACCCUCUCUUAACAAUAGAAGAAGUCGUAUCAAGACUACCUGGAGCUAAAAUUUUCUCCGUAUUCGAUGCAGCCUCUGGAUUUUGGCAGAUACCUCUAGAUGAAGAUUCCAGUUAUCUUACAACAUUCAAUACGCCUUUUGGCAGAUACAAAUUCAAUCGUCUCCCAUUUGGUAUAUCCUCAGCACCUGAAGUGUUUCAAAAAGCUAUGCACCAGCUGUUUGAAAGAGUAAACGGUUGUGAAAUUAUAAUGGAUGAUAUCUUAGUAUGGGGAACAACAGAGAAAGAGCAUGAUGAAAGAAUUAUCAAUGUGCUGAAUAGAGCUCGUGAAAUCAAUCUCAAACUAAAGAAAGAAAAAACAAAAGUUAAAGUAACAAAUGUAGAUUACAUGGGACACAAAAUAACGUCAGAUGGUCUUCAAUCCGAUCCUGAAAAGAUUAAAGCAAUAUUAAGCAUGCCAAUUCCUAAAUAUAAGAAAGAUCUUCAAAGAUUUCUUGGAAUGGUUCAAUAUUUGGCCAAGUUUAUUCCUUAUCUUUCAGAAACGGCAAGUCCCCUUAGAGAUAUGUUAAAGAAGGGAAAUGAUUGGUGCUGGUUAGAUCAACAUCAAAUAGUGUAUGACAGAAUCAAGAAAUCCUGUGGAGAGCAUCCUGUAUUGCAAUUCUACGAUGUAUCAAAAGAUGUGACAUCGUCCGUAGAUGCAAGUAUGUCAGGGUUAGGAGCAGUUUGUCUUCAAAAUGGCAAAUCAGUUGCUUAUGCAUCGAGAGCUUUAACUGAAUGCCAAAAGAAAUAUGCACAAAUUGAAAAAGAAUUACUUGCAAUUGUAUUUGGAUGUGAAAAAUUUCAUGAUUACAUCUAUAGCAGAGAUGUCAAUGUUGAAACAGAUCAUAAGCCCUUAGAGCAGAUUUUCAAGAAGCCCCUUCAUCAAUCUCCAUUGAGACUCCAGAAAAUGUUGCUGAAACUUCAAAAGUACAGUUUGAAAGUCUCGUUUAAGAAAGGAGCAGAACUUUAUCUCGCGGACCAAUUAAGUCGAGCGUAUAUCCAAGAAGAAUCAGAUGAUCACUUAGAAGAAUUUGAUAUAAAUGUUGUCUUGCCAGCAAGUGAAGAGAAAAUGAACCAAUUGAAGGAAGAGACAAAGAAAGAUAAAGUAAUGAAAAUGCUACGACAGUACGUAGAAAAUGGAUGGCCAGAUCUACGCAGUAAAGUCGAUUUGGAUGUUUUGAAUUACUGGGACUUUAUAGAGACUCUUUCAGUACAAGAUGACCUACUGUUUAAAGGAGAUCGAGUAAUAAUUCCUGUGUCAUUAAGAACUGAUAUGUUGAAAGCUAUACAUCAAGGACAUUUUGGAUCUGAAUCAUGCAAACGUAGGGCUCGAGAGUGUUUAUAUUGGCCAAAGAUGAGCUUAGAAAUAGAAGCAGAAGUUAGAAAGUGUGAAAUCUGCAAUGCCCAUAAGAGUCAUCAACAAAAGGAGCCUCUACAAUCACAUACUGUACCACAUCGACCGUGGAGUAAAGUUGGAGCAGACCUGUUUGAAUUGAAUGGUAGAAGCUAUCUUCUUAUGGUAGAUUACUACAGUGGAUUCUUUGAAAUUGAUUACUUGUUAAAUACAACAACAAAAACAGUUAUCACAAAGAUGAAAUCUCAAAUUGCGAGAUACGGAAUUUUCGAAGAUCUUAUAACAGAUAAUGGUCCACAAUUCAGGAGUAAAGAAUUUCGUGCAUUCUCGUUACAGUAUGGAUUUAAACAUACAACAAGUUCACCUGGAUAUCCAAAAAGUAACGGCAUGUCAGAACGUGCUGUGCAGACAGCAAAAGCAAUCCUAAAGAAAGCAAAAUAUGAUAACACCGAUCCUUAUUUAGGACUCCUUAGUUAUAGAAAUACACCUAGAGAUGAAAUUGUUGGCAGUCCAGCUCAAAGACUAAUGGGACGAAGAACUAGGACAUUACUACCAAUAUCAGAGAAGUUACUUGAAUUUUCAAUCAUUAAACCCUGUUAA